GGGGGUGAGCACGGCCCCGGGAUGAGCACGGCCCCGGGAUGAGCACGGCCCCGAGGGUGAGCACGGCCCCGGGGUGAGCACGGCCCCGGGGUGAGCACGGCCCCGGGGUGAGCACGGCCCCGGGGUGAGCACGGCACGGCCCCGGGGGUGAGCACGGCCCCGGGUUGAGCACGGCACCGCCCCCGGUGAGCACGGCCCCGGGGUGAGCACGGCACGGCACCGCCCCCGGUGAGCACGGCCCCGGGGUGAGCACGGCACGGCACCGCCCCCGGUGAGCACGGCCCCGGUGCCGGCCCCGCUGCACCGUGCGCACGGCACGGCACCGCCCCGCGUUCUGCCCCAUAAAUAGCGGGCGGCCGGCUCCGGUCUGCACCGCUGGCAGCCCCACUGGACCGAGCCGAACGGAGCCAAGCUAGAUUGAGCUGAGCUAAACCGAGCCGAACGGAGCCAUGGACCCCCAGGACUGCACGUGUGCCGCCGGUGACUCCUGCUCCUGCGCCGGGUCCUGCAAGUGCAAGAACUGCCGCUGCCGGAGCUGCCGCAAGAGCUGCUGCUCCUGCUGCCCCGCGAGCUGCAGCAACUGUGCCAAGGGCUGCGUGUGCAAGGAACCGACCAGCAGCAAGUGCAGCUGCUGCCACUGAGCCGCUCGCCUCUGCCUGUAAAUAGUCGGCACGCUUCGGUGACAGGGGGGUGGGGGGCACAGAAAAAACUAUUUUUUUUGUUGUUGUUUUUCAUGUUUUGUAUUGUCUGUACCAGCGGUGAAACUGGAUGGAAAUAAAGGAGUUUAUCUGGA